UUGUAUCCGAAUACUGUCGGUUAUUGUAAACUGCAGGUCGGAUUCCGUUGUCAGAUUAAUUUCGCUCAAGCAAUUGAACAACGUGCUUAAGUGGAUCCUAAACAAAGUCCACAAUUUUUUUAAAAUAAUCCUUCAGACACUCGCUAAAAGUGUUUCAGUUCUUAUAAAUUCCGUCAUGUCACAAGUUUAUGGAUCUACUAAAACAGGAAAUGGUGCACUCAAUGAAAUAUUGGAUGAAGACGAAUUAGAAAUAUUUCAAAAAAAUAAAGAGCGACUGAAGAAAUUUUACUCAAGACAAAACAGUUAUAUGAGGUCUUUCUUAUGGAAAAAUAAAAGAAGAGAUUUUCCUUUAAACGAUUAUUACGUUAAUUUAAAACUACAAGAAACGGAUAAUUUUGGUAGUUCAAUUGGUGAAAUUCUCGAUAUCAAGGAUAUAUUUAAAGAGGUAAAUGAUGGACAAACGAUCAUUCUUGUAUGUGGGAAUCCUGGUUCUGGAAAAACUACAUUGUGCAAGAAGAUUGCGUACGAUUGGGCCGUCGAUAAUCCCUCAAACAAUUACUUAAGUCAUUUUGACUUUGUUGCAUUCUUAACAUUAAGAGAACUUCAGUAUAAGAGUGUGGAGAAUGCAAUUCUAGAAGUAUUUUGGGGAACUUCAUAUCAACCAGAAAUAACGAAGAAAAUACUAAAGGCAAAUUUAAAUAUAUUAAUUAUUUUAGAUGAAUUAUGUGAAGAUUACGUCUAUCUUCAUACAAAUGGAUGCGAAAAUUUCUUAAAUAAUUUCUUUGGUAUUUUUCGAAAAUUGACCAUUAUUGUGACGAGUCAUCCUCGUUGUGCAGAAGAAAUAAGAGAAUCCGUGAAUUUUCGAUUUCAUCUUAAAGGAUUUUCACCCGAACAGCAAGAAGAAUACGCGAAGUUGGUAUUCAAACAAGACGUUGAUAAAACACAAAGAUUCCUUAAAAUAUUAGAAAACGAAUUUUAUUUCUUUUUGUCUAAACGUCCGUUAUUCUUGCAUAUGCUUUGUUGUAUGCACAGGAUUAAUCAAUUAGAAAAUAUACACAGAAAGACAGAUUUGUAUAUUUAUAUAAUGCAAUUGAUUACAAACAGAUCAAAGAGAAAACUUGAGAAAAAUUUCCAAGUGCCAAUAGAAAAGUAUUUUUCAUUCGAAGGAGUUUUAGUUACAUUAGGAAAAUUAAUUUACGAGAAAAAUUCUGUUAAAAAAGUACGAUUCUAUCCCUUCGAUAAGGAACAAAAACUUACAUUCGACGAAUUAAAUCGAAAUAACAUUAUUGAUUGUGAUUUGGAUUUUCUUACUUACUGCUUUGACAUUGACGAUAAUCCUUACUUUGAUUUCGUACACGAGACCAUCAAAGAAUUUCUCGUCGCCCUGUAUUUGUAUGAGAACCCUGAAUUGCCUUUCCUGAAUGUCACUAGCGAUUCUACAGUACCAUUUGUUACAGAGUUUACAACUGAUCACAAUUUUCUUAUAUUUUACUUCGGUUUAUUUCGAAACGAUAAAAUUCCAGAAACUUGCUUUAAUAAUUUAAAAAAAGUUGUGUUUUCGUUGGAUCUUUCGAUAAUAAUAUACAACGAAAUCGUCAAUGAAGAAGACAAGACAUUAUUUUCGAGCACAAUUAAAAAGUACGUAUACUCUAACAAUUUACGUAUUAACAAUACUGAUUGGAUGAUUCCUAUAGGAUUUUUUCAAAUAUACUUCAUUGUUGACAUUUGCGAUCCUCCCAACACUAACGAAGAUAUGUUUGAAAGUCUGAAUAAACUUCACGAUAAAGUUUCGCAUUACACUAAAGUGGAAAUAUUAAUAUUUAUGAAAAUAGGGAAAGAGUUUCUUCGACCGAAUGAUACCAGAACAAUGGAAAAUAACUGGAAAAAGAUGGAGAACAUUCGAGAUAUAGUGAUUAAAAACACGUGGAACAAAUUUAAAAUCUAUUUUCGUGGAAUUGUUCAGGAUCCUUUUGUGAUUGAUCAGAUUGAAGAGGGAAGUCGACUGAAUGCAUUCCCUGCAUAUUUACUUAAACAUUUCAGUUGUGUCGAAAAUCCUGCAGAAAUAUUGGUUUAUGGUGUAAAUCAGUUAUCUUAUGAGUUGGUUAGAUUGAAAUUUACUAAAGAUAACACCGAAGAUAAUUGUUUACUUUUAAAGAAGGAUCUGUUUGAAAGUAUGCAAGAUUAUAUAAAGUUAUAUCCCAGUUUAUAACUGCAUCUAUUGCUAAAUAAUGACACUAAAUCAUCCUUGCAAUGCAUUUGUAGGUGUAGUAAACAGUACACUGUUGAAUGAGAAAUUCAAACUGCACCAUAAAUUGACUUUUUUUGUCGAUAAAAAAUUAAAAAUUGCUAUUCAUUUUAAAAAUAUAUUUGAUGUGAAAUUCUAUUGUGUAACAACAUAAAAAUCAGUAAGCUUUCAUUAAAUUAUAUUUAAGAAUAGAUUAGUGAUUUAAAUACUUUUACUUUCAACAUUAUUCGGUGUUAGUUACUUGGUAGGCGAUAGCAACUAUUGAGUAGAAUGUAAAUCGAAUUAUA